AGCAAGCAUCUCGUCAAGAUCCCAGUUCUGCGGUUGAAUUUUAUCGCGUCGCGUUUAUUUGAAAUCUUACUUUUACUUUGUUGACAAAUCGUGAAAUUUUUGUGACAAAAUAUGUUUGCUAAAAAUCGCGCCACUCACUACAUAAUCAGCACAUUGUUACUUUGGAAUUAUCUGGUAUCGCAGACAAUAGCUGCUAAUUUACCACAAUUAAAGAAUCAACAAAAUGCUAUAUUACACCACCAACAACAGCAACAGCAACAACAACAGCAGCAGCAACAACAACAGCAACAUCAACAAUCACAACAGCAGCAUUCACAAUUGCAACAUGCAGAAUAUGUGCAUGAAAAGGAUCCCAUGUCGGAUGUACUCAAAACUGUCAAUUCUGAAGAAAAUUUAAGUGACUCCUAUCAACUGUUAAAUGACUUUAAAACUGACUCUCAUCCAACUGAAUCAUAUUUUCCUUGGCAAAUGCCAUAUCAAUCCAUGACACCACAAAAUAAUUUUAUGCCUUUACCACGGUUCCCAGCUUUUCAUCAAACGCAUUUAUUCGACAACUUUCUUCCAAUGCAUACACCAAAGUUUUUACCAUUUUUUAGUUACCCACAACCUGUACUUGUACCUUAUCCUUUUUUGGUAACUCCUGAUAUGUUGUAUCCAACUGCAUUCCCUGUAACACCGACAAAUGACAAUGAGGAAAGUAUGUCGCGUGCUGCUAAUGGACGUCGUCCAUCGUCAUCAACUUUAUCCUCGUCUUAUCCACGCAACUCACCAAUUUACUACGUACGUUUACCACCAACUCCGUAUAUGUUCUUACCUAGCUUUAAUUUUGGCGCUUUACCUCAACCUGGGUUUACUAGUGGAAUUACUUCUAUAAUACCUCAUCAAGCAAUGCCUACAUACCCUACGCUGAGUUCAGUUCUUAACUUGCCAGUAAACUUUCUUGCUAAUGGCAAACCAACGAAUAUUUAUCAAAUGGGUGGUUCACCAAGUGAUAUACAAAAUCCAUUCAGACCAGCACAGAAUCCAUAUAGACCAAGUACUACUUCAAGUAGCUUCCAGCCACAUAUUCCCUCUUACAAUUUGGGAGGAUUGGGUGCUACGCAACAAGAUUCAAAAUUAACCUCUCUUAAACGUCCUUUCAUCUUUAAUGGUCGACCAGAUGAUAUUUUCAUAUUACCAAACAAUUUUAACCCAAUUUCCGAAUUUGGAGGUUACUUUUAGUUGGUUAUUUUAGAUAUGAUAAAAUAAU